CCGGUUUGACAGAUGUUCGUCGGGGGGAAAGUCGCCUCCAUUCAGCGCCGAGCAGCGGACGACGGCGGCGGAGGCUCGCUUUUGGAUUGUUUUUCGCCGCACCGACUGAAACAUGUCCGGGGAAAAGGCGACCACCUCCUGCAACAAGUUCCAGGCCAACGUGUUUAACACGAGCAAAUGUCAAAACUGCUUCAAGUCCCGCGAGCUGCAUCUCCUUGGCGACCGCGACGUGGAGCAGGCGAAGCCCAUCUACUGCAGCUGGCUGUGUUUGGCCCCGGUGGGCACAGACUUCGACAACCCCGUGCAGCGCUCCCGGAAAUGGCAGCGGCGCUUCUUCGUCCUGUACGAACACGGCAGCCUGAGCUACGCCCUGGAUCAACAGCCCAGCACGCUGCCUCAGGGGACGGUCAGCAUGAGUCUGUGCACAGAUAUCUCCGACGCGGAGUCCCGGACGGGCCAGAGAAACGCCCUCUGCAUCAAAACCCCGGAGCAGGAGAUAUUCAUCCGCGGUGACAACAAAGAGAUCAUUAACGGCUGGAGGGAACAGCUGUCCGCCUACCUGCGCACAAACAAACACAGCCAGAAGAAAAAGCGGAAGGUCGAACCCAUCGCCAAUCAGGAGCCAAGCCCAGCAAAGAUGGCCGCAACCGAUCUGAGCUUUGCGCCCACUGAAGGAGCCUCAGAGGGGACCCUGGUCAGAAACAGCACGGACCCUCUGGGUCCGGAGUGGAUCCCUGCCGGCAGCGGCCCUCCGAGCAGCUCUGCCUUCGACUCGGUUGUUGGGAGCUCCGGACAGAUUCAGGGCGAGGACAGGAGGUCUGCAGAGCCGGUCACCAGGAGGGAGCGCGUGGGGGGGACAGGUGUCCCCAGACAGGGCCGGAUGGAGACCCGCACCAGCAAGAGAGAGAAACUGCCAUCGUGUGCAGACGUGGUCCAAACGGAGGCCCCCCCCCCUCAGAGAAGAGCCAAAUCUCUGGACCGAAGGACCUCAGACACGGUCAUGACGUGGAAGAAAUACUGGUUUGUGCUCUCGGCGGACAGUCUGAGAUACUACAGGGACCCCUUAGCUGAGGAGGCCUCAGAUCUGGAGGGUGAAAUCGACCUAGCAAAGUGUUACAGCGUCUCAGAGUAUCAGGUGCAAAGGAACUACGGCUUUCAGAUCCACACUCUGAGGGGCGUCUUCACGCUGUCGGCCAUGACAGCAGGAAUCCGCGAGAACUGGAUCCAAGUGCUGAUGAAGAACGUGCACCCAGCCAACGCCCCUGAUGUCGCCAGUUUACCCGGCCCCCCCGAGGUCCUGCCCAAACCAGAUGUGACGCAGGACUCUGACGUAAUCACGGACCGACGCCCCCCCGCCAAGCCCCGGAGCCUGAAGGAGGAGAGGCAGGACGGAAAUCACACAGCCUUCGACUGGGCCGAGUUCAGGCCUCAGGCCAAGCUUACGGCGGAGGCCGAGAGGCAGGAAACCGGCCCCCCGCGCUCCCUGGAGCUGGACUACCAGGAGAGGCGGAGGAGGCGGGAGGAGAGGAGGCAGCGGUACGAGAGAGAGCUGCUCAUCUCUUUUGGGCGGGAAGAGAGCGGGGAGAAGGUGUCUGAUGGCACCGAGCGAGCUCUGAGUCCAAAGUCCCAGCGGAGGGUGGAGGAGGAGAUAGAGGAGUGCUGGAAGCAGGUGGAGAGGACCGUGUUCAGGGCGGAGAAGACGCUGCCGCUCAACUCUGAAGCCAGAAACACAGCAGAGAUGGUUCCUCCAGUUUGUUCUGAAGCAGAUUUCUGCUCAGAAAACACAAAUAAAACCUCAGUAAACGACUCAAAGGAUUCACAGCAGACGACCACAGAGCAGCGCUUCAUCGGAGAGGACGUGCUCUCCCUCAACUCGUCUUCAUCGGCGCCUCGGCUGCCAAACGUCUGUUUGCAACAUCUGGAGGACUUAUUUCCUGAGACCGAAGUCUCAUCGGCGUUGGACGGCCGGCAUGAGCUGUGUCUGACCGACGGACCGGAGCUAAACUUCGAUGCCUGGAACGGUUUGGGCCGAGAAGACUGUCAGCCGCUUUCCAGCUCGGACACAAAAACAAAUAACGGCGAGCUCUUUACUCCCGAGAACCCCGCAGGGAAAGAUGGCCGCUCCCUGACCGAUGUGGCUCCAGACCUGCUGCUGGUGAAGACUCUCUCCAAAGAGCUGGAGCUCCUCUCCCACCAGAACGCAGCCCUCCACCAGCACAACCAGGAGGUGCUGAAUCAGCUGACAGAGGCCGACCGCGAGAUCGAACGGCUGAAAGCGGAGCUCAGCAGCAGGUACACCGAACCUCACCACCUGCCUGAGGUGGAACAGCAGGAAAAGAUGAGAUUGGAGGAUCUGGAGAAGGAGCUGAGUCUGAGGAACCAGGAGCUGCUGGAGGCCCAGAUGCUGAUCAUGUCCCUGAGGGAGAGCGAAGCUCUGACGCGGCUGAAAAACCUGACGGGGAGCGAAGGAUCGGAGGACGAAAACAAGAACAACACGGAGAAAACGGACGGAUACCUGCUGCGGUGCUUCGAGGCCACAGAGGCCAAGCUGACGGAGCUGGAGAGGCAGCUGGAGGAGUCACGGCUGAGCUGCAGGGAGCUCCAGCAAAAGAACGCAGAGCUGAAGGAGGCUGGCUCCUUUUGCUCCGAAAGUCUGGAAAAAAAACUCUGUGAGGAGUGUGAGAGAAGGCUGAACGGAGAGGGAAAGAACAGGAGUGUUUCCAGUGAAGACAGGACUGUUUCCAGUGAAGAAAAGAUCCGGAAAGUCAUCCAGGGGAUGCUGCUGAGGCAGAGGGUUUUGGGGAAGCUGCUCGGAGUCAUCGAAGGUUUGGGCUGCGAGAAAGAAACCGAGGAGGUGGAGGAGAGUCCCACUGUGGGGAGUCAGCUGAGGCGGGAGGAGGAAAUGUGGAGGGAAACCCUCAACAGGCUGAGGGAGGAAACUCGAUCGGACGACCCCGUGGACGCUCUCGCUGUGGAGGGAGCAGAGUGUCAGAUGGUGGAGAGACAAAUCUUACUGGCGGGUUAUGAUCUGCUUCUUCGUGCAGAGGAGGAGAGGGGGGGUGAGGGUGAGGGCGGCUGGUGGGGGUCUGAGGUGGAGCGUCUAAAAGCCGACACGCAGAGGAAAAUCUCCCUGCUGCUCCGGAUCUCCUCGCUCAGCGUCUCCGAACUGGACGGCCUCCGACCGGCAGCAGACAGGCUCUACCCGUCCCUCUCAGAGCCCCCCGGCCCCGCCCACAUCCUCCACCCCACAGCCAUAGAGACACUCUCCCGCUGUCGACUGAAGGAAAAGAGCGAGAGACCCCCCUGUCCCAAAUGCGUCUCCCUCCUGGAGGAGAACCGGCAGCUAAAGGCAACAUGGCGUCCCUCAAAGGAUGUGAUCUCCACAUGCUGCCAGACGGAGGAGAGCCGGGACCCAGACUCUGAGGAGAUGGAAAUCCCUCCUUUAGGAGAGCACAAACUCUCAGAGGAAAUGGAUGAAGAAGGUGAAGUUUUGAGCUGGAGAGGAAAAGUGAAGGAGCUGGAGGAGCAGCUGUUUGUCUCAGAGGGCAAAACGAGAGAAGAGUUUGAAGAGAAGACGAGGGUUUUGCAGCUGCAGCAUGAGGCAGAGAUGGAGAAACUGAAGGUCACAUGUGAGCGUGGGCUGACCUCCAUGGAGGAGUCCCUCCUGAAGGUGGUGGAUGAGCUACAGCGUCUCCACCUACAGGAGCUGGAGUUCCUCCGGGGGGAGAAAGAGCGGCUGCUGGAGGAGGAGGCCGCCGCCACCGCCAUCGCUCUGGAAGCCUUCAGGAACGCCCACCGAGUGGAGCUGCAGAGGGAGGUCCAGAGGAGCAGCAGCUAUGGGAACGCACAGAUGGAGGACGUCCACAGACAACACAGGGAGGAGCUGGACUCUUUCCAGCGGGAGCUGGAUGCUUUAUCGCAGCAGUUCUCUCUCAGAUGUCUGGAGAACAGGCAUCUGGUCCAGGCUCUGGACGCCGAGAGGAAAGCCUUGUGUCAGUGCCAGCUGGAAAACCAGGACCUGAGGACCAGAAACCAGGAGCUGAGCGGCCACCUGGCUGCAGAGAUCACCAGACUGUGUUCGCUGGCCAAACGGGAUGAGCUGCCCCUCAGUCCGGGAAUGGACGCCUUCGAGAUGGCGAUCACACUGCGAGUGAAGGAGUCUGAGGUCCAGUGUCUGAAGCAGGAGAUCAAGAGUCUGAGGGACGACCUGCAGUCGGCACUACAGGACAAGAGGAACGCCUCAAAGAAAUACACAGACGUAAACACGGAGCUGAGCAGCGUCAGAGCCAAAGCGGACCGGGAGGCCGAGGAGCUGAGAGAGAACCUGAGGCUGGCUCAUCACGCUCUGAGAGAGACUUCUCCAUGACUCCUCAUUAUGUCCUAUUUGUGAUAAAGACACCUGUUUGUAUUUAACAAUUACUGCCAUUAUGCAUCCUAUCAGUUGUAAGUUAUUUGAUACCCGUCACAGUUUGUAUGACCCUGUUUUAAGGCAAAUGAAUAUUUUAAAUUAAAACGUUUUUUUUUUGUUGCAAAUAAUUCUACUUAACUUAUUUUGAUAUUAACUUUUCUUUUUAUCAAUUAAAGUGGCUCUAUGAAA